GCAGUGUGCGUGUUGUAUGUAGCUCGCCAGGACACACACACACACACACACACACACACACACACACACUCUCUCUCUCUCUCUCUCUCUCUCUCUCUCUCUCUCUCUCUCUCUCUCUCUCUCUCUCUCUCUCUCUCUCGCUCUCUCUCUCUCUCUCUCUCUCUCUCUCUCUCUCUCUCUCUCUCUCUCUCUCUCUCUCUCUCAAAUACAUCAAACACACACACACACACACACACACACACACACACACACACAAUGAACGUGACAACGAACGAAACGCGGUGUGGCGUCCCAAGAUGUCUAGGAAUGGACGCGCCAGUCGACUUACUGCCGCUUAUUCCUGAACACUGGCUGGCUUUUCCUGAACCAUCCACGCUCACCCACGCCGGCCUCGGGGGUCUCUUUCUCAUCAUCACUCCAGUUGCAUGUAUUGGCAACAUAGCCAUCAUAUUUCUCUACUGCAGGUGCCGCCGUUUGCAGAGUUCGUCCAAUCUAUUGGUGAUGAACCUGGCGAUGGCUGAUCUCCUCAUGAUGUCCAAAGCGCCCAUUUUCAUCGUCAACUCUUUCGCCCAGCGCCCCUACACCGGCCGAUUGGGGUGUGAGAUAUACGGGUUCGUGUCCCUGGUGGCUGGCCUGUCCGCCAUCUGGUUCCUCACGGCCAUCAGCCUGGACAGGUACCGAGUGGUACGCCUCUCCAUCACCCCCAGAAUGUCCUCCAAGUCCCAGCCCUCCUCCCUCCAGACGCGGGUGGUGGUGUGGGUGGUGUGGGUGACCUCCGUGGUGAUGGCCACUAUUCCACUGCUAGGGUGGAACCGUUACGUGCCUGAGGGCGUGCUGUCCGGGUGCACCGUGGACUACCUGUCUGAGCGGUGGCUGGAUCGCUCCUACGUGUUCCUGCUGCUCCUCGUGGCCUGGACCGUCCCCAUGGCCGCCGUGCUCUUCUCAUACAUGUACAUAGUCUUCAGGGUGAGGCGAAGUAGAGAGGAGCUGCGACAACUCAGUAACCAACAUCCUGCCUUCUCGCCCCCACAAAGGAAGACCGGGACGCGGGUAGCCAUGUUGGUGGGGCUGUGGGCGAUAUCAUGGACGCCUUACGCCCUAAUAGUGCUCGUGUCCGUGACCUUUAGCAACUCUGUUCUCACGCCCCUGCUGUCCACCAUGCCCUCGGUGUUCUGCAAAGCCUCAGCUUGCCUCAACCCAUACGUCUACGGCUUGUCACUUCCAGCCUUCAAGAAAGAGCUGAAGAGAUUCCUGCCAAAGAUGGUAGGGUAUCAUGGUACCUCGGACAGAGUAAAGGAGAAUGACCAGCCCCUGCCUGCCUGUCUCACCACUCGCUUUGACCACAUGGGAGAGCAUGGACCAAGAUGUAUGCCUUCAUCAUACAUACUGCCCUCCCUGGCCCCAGUGUCCUUACAAAGGUUCAUGCUGCCAAAUGGAGAUAUUGUUCUUGGCACAAGUUACAAGGAGGCAAAACAAAAAAUGGCUAAAAAGCAAAAAAUGUUGCUUGUAAAUACACGUGCAGCACCGUCCCGACACACUCAGAGAACACUCCCCAGCCUGCUGCCUCUCACUUCACAGGUUUAACAGGACCUGUUGUGGACUUGUUUUACCAUCUUUUCCUGAAAGUCCCUCAAGAAGUCUGUAAGCAUGUUGUUGUCUUCACCACCUCCAUCACGGUCAAUGUCCUCACUCAGGCUGGCCACCCUCAGGCUGUGAAUGUGACCAG